AUGUAUAGCAUCCUCUCCUCAGUCGGAAGCUAUCUCACGGGCCAGGUCGAAAGCGGCGAGCUCGACUACAACGAAGAAAGAGGCGCCCGCAAACUCCGCAGAGCAAGUCUCUCCGCUGUACCCAAAGAAGACGGCGAUAACUCCGACGAGGACGACGCAGCCAGCAGCGACGAGGACUACUCCGACGUCGACGCCUCAAUACUCGACUUGGAAGCUCUCUCGCAGGACGAACUUCUGAAGGUCACCCUCGACGAAGGAAACGACUGGCGAACACCCGCACCACCUGCCCGACCUGAACUAACCGCAAUGGCCCCUUUGUAUCUGUCCGCGGCGCUCAACAAGCGCGUCGAGGCAUUGCGCCACGACGUCCUGCGCGGAAGGCUGAUCGAGAUGACCUUGGCGAGAGAGUAUUACUCCAGUUACGGGGCGAACGCUGAUACUCUGACGGCCGCACCGCUACUGGGCUACGACGGGUCAACGGCCGCGCUGGCUAUCGCGCCCGUCAUCAGCGACGACUACCCGGGCUCGCCCGUGCUUCCACCGCUCACCCGCGCCCUCUACGUGCGCCUCCUCCGCUCCCUGCCGAUUUUUGCAGGGAGGGGUCCCAAAUACAUGGUGGAUUUCGACCGAUUCAUCGAUGAAGAUUUCCUCGAUUUUGUCGGAAAGUGGAUGCGAGCGUCUCGCUUCGAUAUCCUCAGCUUCACAUCCCACUACGUGACUCUCUUCUCCCACCUCAAGAACGAGGCCUGGUACGGCGCUGACGAUACCCCGCUACCUUUACCGCUCGGCUUCGAAGCCCCCGCCAUGUUACCCACCACAAUGUACCCCGACCUCCUCACCUUCCACCGCGCCUCCCUCCCCGGCGGCGGCUCCUUCCGCCUGCACAAACGCCACCGCGCCGAAGGUGGCGACUCAGACGCCGUCAUCUCCCUCCGCGAAUCCAAAGCAAAAGCCUUCACCGAAGCCUGGCGCAAAGUCCUCUCCACCGGCUGCAACGUCUGCCGCGACAUGAUUGGCCGCGGACCCGCCUCCAAAGAUGUAGUCCUCACCAAAUUCUGGUCAACCGUCAAAGCCGCCCCCAACGUCGCCGACCUGCCCCCCUCAUGGCAAGCCUUCAUCUACGGCCUCUGCACAGCAAUGGCCCACACGAUCGACAACGUCCUCGACGACGCCGAAUGGCGCGCGAAAUUCGUCUCCAUCUGGAAACGCAUCCCAGUGACAAUCAUGCUCACCUCCCUCCGUCUCGUCAACCCGAUCCCCUUCGUCGACCGCGUUAUCAAACUCUUCUGCUGGAAACCCCCGGGCAUGUACUCCCUCCUCCAACGUAUCGGGGGGAUGAUCUGCGCCGCUGAUAAAACCGCUGCCACCUUGAAACGCCUCGCACGCGAAGUCGACACACCGACCCGCACAGCCGUCGAAAAGGCCGUAGACACCGCCUUCACAUCCUCCACCUCCUCAACAACCCACAUCCGCCCCAUCUCCUCCCAAGCCCCCGCCCACAAAAUCCUCUCCUUCCUCCAAGAAUCCCCAGAUUUCACCAUAACACCCAUAGGCACCGCGACCCUCUCCUACACAAAAGCCUACAUCCGCAAACGCGAAAAAGACGAAUUCGUCGAAGUCCUCGGCUCCAAAAACGUCACCGACUUCCUCACCCAUUUCGCCAAAGCCGUACCCCCCAUGUUGGAUGAGAUAUGGAACUGUAUCGAUUUCGCGAAUCUAAUGUCCAAACUCGUCGACACGGUUAACCAGAUCAUCACCGCGCUGUCGUUAUACGACACGGCAGCCGAAUCCAAUAAAGACACGGUGCAUUUGGACGUGACGAGAGCGCUGUAUGCGGCACUGUUACCGUUCUUGAAAGCGGCUUACCCACUCAUGCACGCCCUCGCGCACAAGGAACGCACAGGCGACGCAGGGUUACAUGCCCUUGUCGAAUACAUCGUCAUGGAGAUCAAUCUACCCGACCCUGACGGCAUCGCAGCGUCACCGGACCUCUCCACCUCGCGGAAUAAAUCCUCUGCGAAGAAAACAGCACAGAAGAGCGUGAAGAGCACGAGGGCGCCGAUACUGACGGUCGCGAAAGACGCAUCCCCGGUCCUUCUCCACCUCUCCCCCGCCGAUACCACCCAGCUAUUGCACAACGAGGUAGAUGAGAUCAUCGCCUGUCUCGAGUCCGGCACCGACCCGCGGGAGUUCCCAUCCCACGUCGAUUCUUCCGCGGACGAUGUCCUGACGUCCAAAGCGUUCCCGGUGUUCUGGCACGCGAUCGUGGCGGAGUUUGUCGGGGGUGAGAAUAUCGUCAGUCCGCCACCGUCACCGGAAGCGAGCAGGAAGGGUGCGGCGGCGGCGUCACAUACGGGGACACCGAAUCUGAACGCGACGCAUGUGACGCAAUUGACGCCCGGGUUUGCUUCGAAGCGCUUUGCGAAUGGGGCCACGGCGACACCGCCUCCCGUGGCGAAUGUCACUGAUGACGUAGAUUGA